AUGCUAGUUGGUAAUGAAACAAUGGUGACCCACUUUGUUCUCUUAGGGUUUCCUAGCAGCCCAGCCAUUCAAAUUAUCCUCUUUCUGACAUUUCUGAUGCUCUACAGCAUGGUUCUGCUGGGAAAUAUAGGGCUGAUGGUUCUAAUAAAAACUAGCCUUCAACUCCACACCCCAAUGUACUUCUUCCUCAGCAAUUUGUCCUUUGUUGAUCUCUGCUACUGCUCAGUGAUUGUCCCAAAGAUGCUCGUAAACUUCUUGGCAGAGAAAAAGGUAAUAUCAUAUACUGGCUGUGGACUGCAAUUCUACUUCUUUUGCACUUUUGCUGACACUGAGUCUUUCAUCCUAGCCUCUAUGGCAUAUGACCGGUAUGUAGCCAUCUGUAACCCACUUCUUUAUACUGUAAUUAUGUCUCCCAAAAUUUGUAUCUUGCUGGUUGCACUCUCUUACCUUGGUGGUACAUUAAGUGCUUUGGUCCAUACUUGCUUUGCCUUCAGACUGUCCUUCUGUGGACCUAAUGUCAUCAACCACUUUUUCUGUGACCUUCCACUGCUUCUCAAGCUCUCGUGCUCAGACACCACCCUCAAUGAACUCCUACUCUACACCUAUGGUAGUUCUGUGGAAAUCAUGUCUUCAGUCAUUAUCAUAAUCUCCUAUAUCCUUAUUGCCACUUCUGUUUUGAAGAAAUGGUCUGCAGCAGCAAUGCACAAGACAUUCUCCACCUGCGCCUCUCACCUGACCUCUGUCAUCAUCUAUGAGGGAACUCUCCUCUUCAUCUAUUCCCGCCCCAGCUCCUGGUACUCCCCUACCUCAGACAAGUACAUCUCUGUUUUCUACACUAUUAUUGUCCCUGUACUGAAUCCCCUAAUCUACAGCCUGAGGAACAAAGAUGUAAAAGAUGCUUUAUGGAAAGCAAUAGAAACUAAAAUCUUUGUUCAUUGA